CUGCUUAAAAGAGAGGAAAGAAGCCAACGAAAAUUCAUUUGAUUGGUGCGGAAUUUUCUUCUAUGAUCUUCCUUUCCAUGGAAAUAUAUAGAAGCUUUUCAGAGCACUAAUCUCAGCCGAAAAUGGUGAAAUUUAGCCUCCGAGGUUGAAACUAGACAGCUUCAAACACCACCAUCUUCCUUGUUCUUCGUCUCUUCCAGUUCAAAACCCAGAAAAAAAAUUAAAAAGAAGGAAAGUUGAAGGCUAAACAUGAAAUCUAUGGGGUUUUCAGCCUUGAAACAAUCAUACUGGAGAUGGGUUUUCAUGAUCAUCUUUUCUUUUCUAGUUCCCACUUCUUUCUCUGAUCCAAGAAUCACGAACGUCGGGCUUUUCUGCGGCGAUUCCCAGCCGCCACACGGGACGAACUACGUUCCGAAUUUCACUGAAUUGAUGAAACAGUUGUCGAACCAGAUGAACGACAAUCACUUUGCUUCCUAUCAUCUCAACUCCACGCCUCCGAUGUAUGGAUUGGCUCAGUGCCACGAAGAUUUGGACCAUACCGAUUGCCUCCUUUGUCAUGCCGAGGCCAGGACUCGAAUCCCGCGUUGCCUCCCUCGCUCGGCUCGAAUCUUCCUUGACGGCUGCUUCUUGCGUUACGAAUAUAAUCAAGACUUCUUUCACGAAUCUGUUUCGCCAACUUUCGACACCGCCAAUUGCAGCUCCAAUAAUAACGCAACAACGCUUGAUCGUGAUCGGAACAGCAGGAUGAUUUCGUUCGGUAGAAACGUCGAUCACGCGGUCGGGAACGUAACGAGUAUCGCUUUGAGAAGAAAUGGAUUCGGGGUGGUGGGGAUGGACGGAGUGUACGCAUUGGCGCAGUGUUGGGACAGCCUUACGCCGGCGGAGUGUCAGCAGUGCCUGCAGAAUGCGUCGGAGACGGUGAGAAGAUGCGUUCCCAACGACGAAGGCAGAGCUUUGAAUGCGGGGUGUUAUUUGAGGUACUCCACAACUAGGUUCUAUACUGAAGGAGCAGAUUCUGAGGGUCAUCAUGGCUAUUCGAUCGGAGUCAUUAUCGCAAUCGUCUUGGCAUCGUCUGCGUUCGUAACACUUUCAGUUUCAGCAGCUUAUGUUAUUUAUGCAAGAUUAUCAAAGAGGAAAAGAGAGCUAAAGAGUCUCGGCUGGAUUUCGAAACGGUUCGACCGAUUGGGUUUGAUGUUCAAGUACGAAACUCUAGAGAAAGCAACGGAUUACUUCAGUCCUUCAAGGAAAUUAGGCCAAGGAGGAGCUGGUUCAGUGUUCAUGGGGAUUUUCCCCGAUGGAAGAACUGUAGCUGUAAAGAGAUUGAUAUAUAAUACAAGACAAUGGGUUGAUGACUUCUUUAAUGAAGUAAAUUUGAUCAGCAUAAUUCAACACAAGAAUCUGGUGAAGCUUCUUGGUGCUAGCAUUGAGGGCCCUGAAAGUCUCCUGGUGUAUGAAUACGUGCCCAACAAGAGCCUUGAUCAGUUCCUUUUCGAUGAGGAGAAGUCGAAACUUCUAAACUGGAAGCAAAGGUUCAAUAUCAUCGUCGGAAUAGCCGAGGGCCUUGCUCAUCUUCACGGAGGAGGCUCUCACGUAAGAAUAAUCCACAGGGACAUUAAGAGCAGCAAUGUUCUUUUAGACGAGAAUCUCAACCCGAAGAUCGCCGAUUUCGGACUCGUUCGAUGUUUGGGUACCGAAAGGAGUCAUCUUAGCACUGGGAUUGCCGGAACACUGUAA